AUGGCACAGUUGAAUACUGCAAAGAGUGAAGAGAAAGAGAGCCGUAAGACUAAAAGAGAGUCCCAAUCAACGUGUGACGAGACGCUAUCUUCCCCGAUAUCGUCCCCGCCGAUGCUUGUCCCGAUUGCACAUAAUCAACGACAACAUCAUGUUGUGCAGGCUGGAAACGGUUGUUCGGCACCGCAGCAACUACUUCAACAUCAUAACGGAACAGUUAGAGACUGCGCAGGAGGAGGAAGAUCUGACUGCAACUUGUCGUGUGCGGGUAUAGCUGCUGCGCAUCUGCUCCACCAUCAGCCGCAGGGAGCGAACACGGACGUUCCGCCGCUCCUCUCCUCCUCCGCGUUCGCUGGUGGCUACAGACGGGAUGUGGCGCCUCUGCUCUUGCAGCAACAAGCCCAGCACAGCAACGGGGCGGUUCCCGCGAACGGAGAAGCCGUGCAGGUGGUGACGGGGAGAAGGGAGGGAGGAGAGGGAGCGCGCGGCAGAGGAUUCGAGUUGCAAAGGCUCGCCGAGCACCAAGACCAGGGAAAAGGAGAAAUGGUAGGGUGCAGCGGUAAGCAAGAGGGAGGGAACGGAGCGGGCGAAGGGCUAAACGCUGGUGCGGGCCAAGACCAAGCUGGAAGUUGUGCAAACAGGGGUAAGGGAGGGAGAAAGAACCACAUAAAGCGACCCAUGAACGCGUUCAUGGUGUGGUCCAGCAUCGAGCGGAAGAAGCUCGCCGAGCGUGAGCCCAAACUGCAUAAUACGGAGCUGAGCAAGCGACUCGGGCAGGCCUGGAAAGCCAUGACGGAGGACGACAAGAAGCCGUUUCGCGUGGAAGCCGACAGACUCAAGAGCAAACUCAUGGAAGAGCACCCCGACUACAAGUAUCGUCCGCGGCGGAGGAAAUUCGAAGGAGCGAACGGGGCGAAAGGCCCGACCAUGUUUCUUUCUGGACUCAAAGCCGUCGGUGGAGGCUCGCUACGUGUCGUCGGUAGCACCAGCCAGCCGGUGGUAGCUGCUCGCAACUCACCGACAACGCCGCUGCCGAUAUCGUACUACAGCAGCAGUUUCACCCUCACGCCGCCCACGCCGUCCAGCGCUGCCUUCUCUGUCCCAUCCACGGACGGGCGGUCCCCAAUUCAAUCUUCAGUCGUUGGCGGUGAUUUGUAUGGGGGUUACCCCUAUCGCUAUGCUGGAUUCCCUGUGAACAGUUACUCGUACCCUGCCUCUCACUACAUGUAUUCCCUGGCUGGGAAUCCUUCUUCAGCGAGUUUUGGGUACAUGAACUAUCGUCCCGAUGAGGCAACGGGGCAGGCCAGUUAUCCGAUCGGACAGCCCAGCGCUGUUGCCUAUCCGUACAUCCUCCAGUCCAAUCUGCAAGAGAACGGCCUUGCUAACGAAGGGUCUUACCCAGAGCAACACUCGAAUCAGGGCGACUUCUCUCCGAGCAAAACACCCGUGGAACAAACGCCUGCAGUUGCUCUGGUGGGCCACGUGACCUUUGAGAGUAAACCACUGCUAACGAACGGGGGCUACCCCACUCCUCCUCCUUACAUGGAGACACCUCCGUGCUCGCCCUUUGUCCAGUCUCCACACCUCAACACACUCAGUCAUUCCGUACCGCUCACCCGGACAGAAUCCUAUAGCUCCGAUCGGUCGUCGAGUACUCCAGGGGGGAGGCCCCUCUCGUCUCCAACCGUUGAUUGUUCGUCUUCCAACAGUUUCCCCGCCCACCUCCCGUCUCCCACGGUAACGAGCAAGCCCCACCACGAGAGGACGUCAUCCUCUCUAGAAAUCCAGCGAGAGACGACAGUGAUGACACAAUCAGAAGGGGCGUCCCCCUCAUUACGAAGCAGUCCCGUGGACCAGUUCAACAACGGAAGUCCCCCAGCUGCCGUCAUAACAUACCUGGACUCUGACUACACCCAGACCUCCCCCUACGACCAAUACCCUGGGGGGCGAACCCCUCAAUCUGCCGAACUUAACGGGAACCCUCUCCUCUCCCAUCCGUCCCCCGCUCUCUCCCACCAUCCGCCGUACGCCGUCGGGGUACCGAACCAUUACUCCAUAGCCUCGCACUCCGGAGUAUUUACCACUUCUGCCGCAACCAAUGUCACUUCUUCGUCCUCUGUUACCGUCGGUAACGGCCGCCCACAGCCGCAACGACGCUUGUCUGAAGCCCUCGGAAGAAGCCACGCCUCCUCCUUAACUACAGCCCGGCAUAACAGAGGGAGCCCCUAUAUUAACGUCAAGGAAUCAACCGAUUCUUCGUCGUUCCACUCGCACACAGGUACAAUUGAUAUUAGUCUGCCGACCCACGUCCAAGUAGGAUACGGCGGUGGUAGUGUUACGCAAUACGAUAUCCCGACACCCGAUCUAACGCCCGAAAAAACGUCCAGCGAAGGAGGAACAUAUUUUUUCUGA